CGACAGUUCGGCUCCAAUGAAUUGUAGCAUUCUGGUAGUCAUUUUUGCAAUCACUCUUUGUCAAGAGGUCAAAAGGGCAAAGUUGACAGUGAACCAUUGGUGACACGUGGUUAGGGCGCCAACGAAAACAAACAGCUUCCAAAUCUGACGGGUUGUGUGUAUGGUAUUUCUAUCGAUGACUGAAUCGUUUUUCUUGCGAAUACAAAAUCAGUACUUGGUAAAAUCGGUCUGUGGAUUUGCAGUAUCGUCGAAUGUCACUCACUGAAUGGUGAUCUAAGUAAACAUGCCGCAAAAAAAGAGAAAGCCAGCGACUACAAUGCCAACUACUCCAAGAAAGCAGAGUAAAGUCAGUGAAGCAUCAGCCAUUGUCAAAGGUACACCCAAAAAACCUAAAAAUACACCCAAAAAUACAGCCAAGAAAGUUACAUCACCUGUGAAAAAAAAGGUCUCGCCGAAAAAAGUUUCCCCUGAGAGAACAAAGUUUUCUCCUAAGAAAAAUACAUCACCUGAAAAAUUAAAGUCAUCACCAAAACAAAAAACACCAGAGAAAAAUCAACAUGAAAAUAAGACUUCUGGAAAAAAGCCAGCAACAUCGCCCACGACUGGGAAAAAAAUAACACAGAAAAGACCCUCUUCUCAAACCUUGAAAAGCCAUCCAAAGAAGAAAACAAAAACCAAUAUGGACAUAGGGGAACCUGCAAGGAGGGGUCGAGGUAGGCCACGAAAAAAAAUCAAGGAUACCCAAGAUACACUGAUUGAUGCAAAACAAGUGAAAACUGAAAGGCCUCAGGAAGUCAGUUCUUCAACCAUUCCACCUUCCUCAGUCCCCACAUCCCCUAAGCCUUACAACACUCGUGGAGUUUGGAGAGGUCUAGAUAACAAACAAACAUUUUGUGAGCAGUCACCCAUAAAAGCAGUGGAACAAUUGAUAUCAAAUGAUCUUCACAAAAAUGUCACUCUCACUGAUCAGAACAGACAACCCAGUGAUAAUAAUGCUGCCAUUAAAGUAGAAGCUGAUGACAACCAGAUUAAAUCUACCAGUCUCAAACUUGAUAAAGUGUUGCAUAGGAACACUGGUAGGAAAUUUGUUGGAGCUCAUACAUCCAUUGCAGGAGGCAUAGAAAAUUCUGUGAUCAAUGCUGUUGACAUCGGCGCUAAGGCGUUCGCUUUGUUCUUGAGAUCACAGAGACAGUGGGUCACCAAACCAUUAAAAGAAGGAUCAGUGGAAAAGUUCAAAAAGAAUUGUGAGAAGUAUAACUUUCCUCCCCAUUUAAUCAUACCACAUGGAUCUUAUCUAAUGAACUGUGGAUCACCUGAUCCUGAGAUUCUGGAGAAGAGUCGGAGUACUCUUGUGGAAGAAUUGGAGAGAUGCAAGAGUCUUGGUUUGUCCAUGUUUAAUUUCCAUCCAGGAUCAUCUUGUGGUGAGAUCCCAAGAGAGGAGUGUCUUGAUAGAAUUGGUGCAAGUAUCAACCAAGCCCAUGACAAAACACAGGAUGUCGUUACUGUUAUUGAAAAUAUGUGUUGUCAAGGCAACACAGUUGGUGGAAAGUUUGAGGAACUAAGGGGCAUCAUAGACAGAGUGAAAGACAAGUCACGCAUUGGUAUAUGUUUGGAUACUUGUCAUAUGUUUGCUGCAGGUUAUAAUAUUCAGACAUUAGAAGGCUAUAAUGAUGUGAUGAGUAAUUUUGAGAAUAUUGUUGGAUUAAAUGUAUUUGAAGGCUGUACACUUGAAUGAUUCUCUGGGGGAACUUGGUUGUCAUAGAGACAGACAUGAGAACAUUGGCAAGGGCAAGAUAGGUUUGUCUGGUUUUCGUCAUAUCAUGAAUGAUCCACGUUUUGACAACAUACCCUUAGUUUUGGAGACACCCAUGGACUUGAGUGAUGAAGAGGAAAUCAAAAUUCUCAACUCCUUGAUCACAGACUAAUUUAU